GCGGCCCGGCACGGCACGGCACGGCACGGGCGGGGAGGCGCGGGGCUGAGGGGCCCGGCGCUGUGCGGGUUAGCGGAAGAAGGGCGAGGCGAGGGCUCCCUCAGGGCCGGUGCCCGGCCCCCUCGCCGCGUGUGGGGUGGGUUUUGUUUUGUGUGUGUCCGGGCUCUUGCCGCGCUGAGCGCGGACAUGUUGCGUGCGGUGCCCGUCCCUGCCCCUCCCCGCGGCCUUUCGCUGCCGGUGYCUGAGCGGUUUUGGCUCGGCGGGAGCGCCGGGGAAGGCAGGCAGAGCGGGGGAAGCCGGCUUGGCGGCACCUUGGCGGUUCGGUUGUGAGCGGGCUCCGCGGCUCGGGGCCGCCCGGAGCGAGGCGCUCGCGGGCGCUCGCAGCGCCGGGCUCGGUCCCGCCACAAGCAACGGCCCCGGGACGGGACGGGACGGGACGGGGAGCUCGGAGCCGUGCCCGCCCAGCGCUCCGGCCGCCUGCUCACCCACGGUAAACUCAUUAAUUACUUUCGCCUCUGCUGCCUUKCAUUUUGGACCGAAAGUAAAAGCAGCGCGGGGUGUGUGUUUGUGUUGCGCACUGCCCCGGGUUGUUUUCGCUCCCGGUGCGCUCCGUGCCUUAGCGGGGUGAUUCUGCCUGGGUUUUUGCUGGAGUAGUUUCCUCCCGCUUCUUGUUUGUGCCUCGGUGUUGCCGCUCUUGUUUUUUCACAGUCGCUGCUGGAAAUGUUUGGUUUGUACUGAGAUAAAGGCGCARUCCUACUCCCUGGCUGAGCGCGGUUCUGUGAGCGGGAUCUUGUGUAAAACCAUCCUSAGCUGUGAUUUAUUGUAUGCAAAGCGGAGACCAAACAUAAAUAUUUAGAUCCGAGUCGUAACUCAUGUGUGUUGUGAUGAGASUGCGAAAAAGAAUCUAAACAACGCUGAUGCCACACUCCAAAUGGGAGGAAAGCAACUGUUUGUUCUGUUUUACUCGUCAAUAUUAUACUGGGAGAAGUCUGUUAUGGGAAUAGCACAGGGAAAAAACGCUCAAUACACAUGGCAAUGUGAAUUUAUGUUCAGCGGUGGUGCAGGAACAGAAUCUGUAUGUACGUUGAACAGUGGGAGAGGAAAAAUAUCCACCUUUGUAAAUUUUGUGCUACUUCGUCAGAGAUAUUAUAUCCAAAUUAACUACAUUGACAUUUUGAACAAGUGGUGGUUCUGAGUUAUUCUUGUCAUCCACUGAUAUUUGCUGGUGUAUAAUGUUUGAAAUCUGGURAUGUGUUGUUCAGUUGUUAAAAAUAUAUUUUAAAAUACAUGAGGCUUCCCUCAUUGGUCAAUACAAGGCCAAAGCUUUUUUGUGAUAAUAUUCUUCUGUUUGCUUUUCACUGCAGUCUUGAUCCUGGUUUUUGUCCUGCAAAUAAGUUUUAAAUAUGAUGUUGAAACCCCUUCCCUUUCUAUCAGAAAAAGGAGAUGUCACGGGUAUCUGCAGUUUGAAGUCUGGAUCUUACCUGAAAAUCACUAAGCCCAAGAACUCUCAUCUUAGUCUUUCAAAUGGACAAAGAUGUCUUAAUUUUUCGAUAUGAACGAUGACCAUAGUUAACAAGCCAAAAUCUUCAAAGUCUAAAAAAUCUUCCUCGAGACGCUCUGACAAAUCUAUGAAACCCCGUGGUAAAAAAAUGACUUCACGCACUGCAAGUUUGGGCCGGGUCCCUCCUACAGAAGAUGCCAACAAAGUCUCUGUGGACAAAGGUCCUGGGGGGCAUAUUUAUUGUAGAUCAUCUCAAAAAUCAAAGCCUUUUGCCCAAAGAGAUCUAGCUGUUAAUGAUGGGAUUGCUCCGCCACAAAGAAUUCUUUUUCCACCCGAGAAAAUCUGUAUGGAUUGGCAGCAAACACAAAGUGUUGGAGUUGGACUGCAAAACCUGGGCAACACUUGUUUCCUUAAUUCCACCCUCCAGUGUCUGACCUACACCCCUCCUCUUGCCAACUACAUGCUUUCACUUGAGCACACCAAGUCAUGUCACGUAGAAGGAUUCUGUAUGAUGUGCACAAUGGAAAGUCACAUCAACCAGGUCCUGUGUUGCUCCAAUAAUGCCAUCAAACCCACAUCUGUUAUCAAUGGCCUUAAAAGAAUAGGAAAACAUUUCCAUUUUGGCAGUCAAGAGGAUGCACAUGAAUUCUUAUGCUUCACUGUUGAUGCUUUACAGAAAGCUUGCUUGAAUGGAAGCACCAAAUUAGACAGAUCUUCUCAAGCCACCACACUGAUUUAUCAAAUAUUUGGAGGAUAUCUGAGAUCUCGAGUAAARUGCUUGAACUGCAAAGCAGUGUCGGACACGUUUGAGCCAUUUCUCGAUGUUACUUUGGAUAUAAAGGCAGUUACAUCUGUCACCAGAGCUCUAGAACAAUUUGUGAAACCAGAACAACUGGAYGGUGAAAACAGCUAUAAAUGUAGCAAGUGUAAAAAGAUGGUUCCAGCAUCAAAAAGAUACACAAUACAUCGCUCUUCCAAUGUUCUCACAAUAUCACUGAAAAGAUUUGCAAAUUUUACCGGUGGAAAGAUCAACAAGGAUGUAAAAUACCCUGAAUAUUUGGAUCUUCGAGCCUACAUGUCCCAAUCCAUUGGAGAACCCCUCAUCUAUGCUUUAUAUGCAGUUCUUGUCCAUAGUGGCUUCAACUGUAAUGCUGGACACUAUCUCUGCUUCAUAAAGGCUGGCAAUGGACUUUGGUACCGAAUGAAUGAUGCCUCUGUAGAGCUUUCUGAUAUCAAAACAGUUCUCAAUCAGCAAGCUUAUGUGCUUUUUUAUAUCAGGCGCUAUGACCUGACGCUGGGAGAGCGCGCGUUCUACCUGCCCGCCCCGUCCUACCCGCGCUCCUUCCUGGGCCAGCGCGGCGCCAGCAGCAAACAGCCCUUCAUGGGACCACGGCUGCCUCCCCACAUGAUCAAGAGUUCCAGUCGGUUAAAUGGCAAUGGCCCCCUGAAGGAGGACUCCAGCCCGGUGGGAGUUGCGGUGAAGAGGCCGAGCUCAGCUCCCCCCACGGCGUGUGUGCAGAGCUGGGCCAUGUCCCGGCCGGCGCUGGCAGAGCCCUCCAAAGCGCAGAAAAUCACCAUCAGCAUCCACAACAAGCUGCCCCCGCGGGCCAGCGCGGCCGAGUGUCCCAGCAGUGCCGGGGACGAGCAGCUCAAGGGUCCCUCAGCCACCAUCACCACCCCCUGUGCAGCAGAUCCUACCUCAAACCUCRCCCCAGCGCCCGCCUCUGCCAGCAUCCCCAAACAGGAGCAUCCCCCCGAAAUCCUGCUGGAGCCUGCAGUGAAUGGAACCCCCAAACUGUGCCCCGAGAACGCGCUCCCCUACACGGCAGAACCCGCAGGAAAAGCAGAGGAAACCAAGAAUUUGUUCAAAAGGAACUGCAGCGUCAUCUCCUCCAACGGGAUCGUGAUGGGGAAGGUGGUUCGGACCCUGCACAACUCCCACUCGUCCUUUCAGAGUGCUGAAGAGAGAUCCCAGCACGAGCUGCCAAAAAUGGAUUCACUAAAUGGUGCUAUUAGUUUAGAUAAUGAAUAUAAAGAAAAUGGACUCAAACUUGAUGAUUCCACUUGCCAAGUCCAACCUGUUAAAGCUUCUGAGAUUUUCUUCUCUAAAGCAAAUGGAGUGCUUGAAACGAUGCCUAAAGCUUUGUCACCAGAUCCUCAAGGUAUCCUAGAAUCCCUUACAUACAGCUUGGCAGAGGAAAAAAGUGUCUCUGGACCUCAGAAAUCUUCUGAGAGUGAUGGUCUUAUGCAAACUGUAGUGAUGGAAGCUCUGUUUGCCUAUGAAGAAUCCAGGAAGGUUCCUUCCAACUUUACUUGUGAGGUUGAGAAACUUUUUACUCAAUCAGAUUCUGAAACCAUUUUUACCAAAGAAGAAGUUGCUGAAAGUAUUAUAACAAAAGCUGAUAAUGCACAUCUCAAUAUCAAUGGUCAGCACAAGGUUAGGAAAAAAUCYUUGGACACUGAAGGUGAAUUCCUUGGGCAGUGCGAGUCUGAAGAGAGAGAUAAAGACAAACUAARAAGAUCAAAAGAACCUGAACUCAUUUCAAAAGAAAAUCCUUUGUACAUCAAAGGGUCUCCUGAGAGCAAAGAGAAAUUAGGGCAAACUUCCUCUAUAAAGCCUGACAUUGAAUGUAGUUCUAAAAAACUUGCAUCUCUAGAUAUUCCAGAUAAAUGCCAAGAUACAAAGGACAUUUCUAAUAACUACGUAGAGGUACCGCCUGUUAAUGACUCUUCUAUYACAAAGCUGGAUAAAGUAUUGGAAAGCCAAUUUUCUAGAGCAGAUGAGGGACUGAGUAAUAAAAUAUGUGAGGAUGAUGAUAAACAUAUGAAAAAAAAUAAGAAAAAAAUCCACGACUCUAAAAGAACGGACAAAGAGCACUACCGGAGGAAGAGAGAGAACUCGGACACUGAGGAGAAGGAGAGGCAGAGCAGAAACAAAUCAGCUGAGCAUUCCCACAGGAGGAGGAGCUCUCACAGCGUGGAGGUGAACAAGCAGAGCCGUCACAAGCAGGAAUAUUGCAGUGAGAGCAAGUACAGAUCCUCCCACAACGACAGGAACAGCCCCAGUAACGGCMGGAGCUCAGGGAAAUAUUCCCGGUACAGAUCCCGGAGCAGGGAAAGGACAGAUCCUGACAGGAACAGGUAUUAUUAUUAUUAUUAUUCCAAAGGAGACAGACCUUGGAUUAGAGAAAGAUACUACCAGGAUGAACCUCGGAGAUGGGAGAAAUGCAGAUACUACAAUGAUUAUUACUCCUCCCAUGGAAGCCGGGAUGGCAGGGAGAGGAAAUCCUCUCAUGGUGACAAAGACUAUGACAAAAUGAGCCAGGCUUACAGCAGGUCCCACAAGGAUUAUCACUGCAAGGGCAGAUGGGCUCACAGCAGCCUCCCCAGAGAGGAGGAUUUGCAUCAUUUCAGCAGCCACAGAGCAAACUUCCACCACUGUUCAGUACCUCAGCAGCACUCGGAGAAAUUCUCCCGUGASAGACACACAAUUCCACCCGUGUCAGCUCACCCCAGCUUCGAGGAUUCCUCCCGGGAAAGCCAGAAAGAAAAACUAARAAAUGGCAAAAGGAAAUAUUCCCACCAAGAAGAAAGUGGAAGUGACAUAGAAAAGAAAUGCCGAAAGGUAGAUGACCAAAGAAUCAAAAAGUAUAAGAAGGUCAAGAAGAAAAAGAAGUCCAAAGAUAAACAUCGAGAGAAGGAUUACAAACUUUAUGAUUUGGAUUGCUCUGUGCUCCACUUUGACAAUGACAAUCGCAAACAUAAGAAAAAGAAGAAAAAGAAGAAGCACGACAGGAAACUGAAAGACUUAUUGGAAUAUUUAGAUCCUCCUUUCCAGAAGCAAACAUGGGAGAAGAAGGAAGAAUCCCGUCCUCCAGAUGACCAUUUAUGUGAGCAAUACAGAAACCAGGGCAGUGAAGAACCCUCCAAGGAAGAGAAGCCUUCUGGCAGGAAUUACAGCUCCAUGGCAUCCCRUGAGUGUGGCAGAGGUAAGGGCUCCUGGCACUCAGAACAAUCUUAAA